AUGGCCGUGGUUACUAACCCGCGUGAUCCCAACACGCUGAGCAACUACAACAACUGGCGCUCCACCCACAUCACUGCCAAUUUCGAUAUUCUGUUCGACCAGAAGAAGCUCGUGGGUAAUGUCGUCCACCGCUUCAAGUCCACUACCGAUGCCGAGUCUCGGGAGAUUAUCCUGGAUACCAGCUAUCUCGACAUCGGCUCCGUGAAGGUCAAUGGUCAGCCAUCCAAAUGGGAGCUGAUGUCAUCGCUGGCACCGUUCGGAACCCCGUUGAGGAUCUGCCUGGACAAGGCGGUGGAGCUCAAUGGGACCGUUGAGGUUGAUAUCGCCGUGAAGACCACUGAGAAGUGCACCGCGCUCCAGUGGUUGACUCCCGCCCAAACUUCCAACAAGAAGCAUCCGUAUAUGUUCUCGCAAUGCCAGGCCAUCCACGCGCGGUCCAUCUUCCCUUGCCAAGACACGCCGGAUGUCAAGAGCACCUUUGAUUUCAACAUCACCUCUCCUCUCCCGGUCAUGACCAGUGGUUUGCCCCUUCGGGAUUCGUCGGAGACCCCCCCAAUCAGGAAAGCCUAUCUGUUUGCAAUCGCAAGCGGAGAUGUCUCCGAGGCCCCCAUUGGGCCCCGAAGUGUGGUCGCCACUAGCCCUGAUAAGCUGGAAGAAUGUAAAUGGGAACUCGAGGCGGACACGGAAACUUUCAUCAACACCAUCGAGAAAAUCGUAUAUCCCUAUGCCUGGGGCGAGUACAACGUUCUUAUUCUGCCGCCCAGUUUCCCCUAUGGCGGCAUGGAGAACCCCAUCUUUACCUUCGCGACUCCGAGCAUUAUCUCCAAGGACCGGGAAAACAUUGAUGUCAUUGCACAUGAGCUCGCUCACAGCUGGAGUGGAAAUCUUGUGACCAACGCCUCGUGGGAGCACUUCUGGCUCAACGAGGGCUGGACAGUAUACCUUGAACGACGGAUCUUGGCUGCAAUUCAUGGAGAGGCGUAUCGCCACUUCUCUGCCAUCAUCGGUUGGAAAUCGCUGACAGAUUCCGUGGAGCAUUUCGGCCACGACCAUGAGUUCACGAAGCUGGUGACCGAUCUCAAGGGCAAGGAUCCUGACGAUGCCUUCUCCAGCAUUCCUUAUGAGAAGGGGUUCAACUUCCUGUUCCACCUCGAGAACUUGGUCGGAAAGCCGAAGUUUGACAAGUUCAUUCCUCACUACUUCACUGUCUUCAAGAUGAAGUCUCUGGAUUCAUACGAGUUCAAGGCGACGAUUCUCGACUUCUUCAAUUCUGAUUCUGAGGCAUCCAAGCUGUUGAACGACUUGGACUGGGACAAGUGGUUCUACACUCCUGAUGUCGUCUAUUCUUUGGCUCAAAAAUGGGAGACGCUCCCCAACUCCUCCUUCAAGCCGCAGGCGAGCGACCUGGAAGGUCUGACAGCCAACCAGAUCGUCGUUUUCCUCGAGCAGAUCCUGCGGUGGGAGCAGCCCCUCCGCCCUGAGCUCUCAAAGCUAAUGGGGGAGGUCUACGGAUUGUCCAAGAGUGAGAACAUUGAAGUUUCCAACCUGUACUUCCAGGUUGGCAUGAAGGCUGGCGAUGAAAGUGUUAUCGAACCCACCACGGAACUGCUGGGCCGCAUCGGAAGGAUGAAGUUUGUCCGCCCUCUCUUCCGCAAUCUCCAGAAGAUUAACCGCCCUGUCGCUCUUGAGACCUUUGAGAAGUACAAGGACUUCUACCACCCUAUCUGCCGUGGCAUGGUCGAGAAGGACCUCUUUGGCAAGAAAUGA